GGCGUAAAUAUAGUAAAUAAUACACACGUGAGGGAGGUAGCUAGCUAGUAUACUAGUCCUACAUGCACAGUCAGGAAAGAGAGAACAAUAUCUAACAGAAACUCUGAGAAAAAGCCCCCACGCCCUGUUUGGUAUGCUCCUCUGUUCCUCUAUCCGUAUACCACCCCUUGCCUUCCCCCGAUAAAGUUCUAAAGAGAAUUUUUCAGAUUCAUAUUUUCUUUUUUUAUAGUAAACACAAACACGGAACACAGAGAUAUAUAGAGACGGGAGUAAAGAAAGCAUGCCUGGAAGCUUAGACCCUCUGGAUAUUGGGAUUCAGAUCCCGUAUCACUUCCGGUGUCCGGUGUCCUUGGAGCUGAUGCGGGAUCCGGUGACGGUGUGUACCGGUCAGACGUAUGAUCGGGCAAGCAUAGAGUCCUGGGUGGCUACCGGGAAUACUACGUGUCCGGUAACCAGAGCGCCGCUCACGGACUUUACUUUGAUUCCAAACCAUACUCUCCGGCGGCUAAUACAGGAAUGGUGUGUGGCGAACCGGGCUUUCGGAGUUGAGCGGAUUCCUACCCCGAAACAGCCGGCUGAACCGGGUUUGGUCCGGUCCUUGCUAAGCCAGGCGUCUUCAACGCAGAGUCAUUCGAGGUCCAGGCUUUCUGCACUGAGGAGACUCAGAGGACUUGCCUGUGAAUCGGAUAAGAACCGUUCCGUUAUUUUAGCGAAUAACGCGCGGGAAGUUCUGCUUUGUAUUUUGUUCUCGAACAUGGAUUCCAACUCGCCUGAGCUGAGUCACGAGUCACUCGCCAUUCUGUCGAUGUUCCCCCUUCCGGAGGCUGAAUCCGUCAUUGUGUCUUCCGAUCCGGUUCGAGUUGGUUACCUUGUGUCUCUGCUCUCAAAUCCUUCAGUUGAUGUCCGAAUGAACUCCGCCGCAUUGAUAGAGUCAGUUCUCUCCGGAACUAGAUCGCCAGAGCUUAGAGCUCAAAUCAGCAAUGCCGAUGAGAUCUUCGAAGGAAUCGUCGGAAUUCUCAAUUGUCCGUUGUCGUAUUCUAGAGCCUUGAAGAUCGGAGUCAAGGCACUAUUCGCACUGUGUUUGGCAAAGCAAUACCGGCACAAGGCGGUGACUGCCGGAGCAGUGGAGGCGUUGAUAGACAGGUUGCAGGAUUUCGACAAGUGUGACGCGGAGAGAGCGCUAGCUACGGUGGAGCUUCUAUGCCGAAUUCCAUCCGGAUGUGCGGCGUUCGCGGCCCACGCAUUGACCGUCCCUCUGCUCGUGAAGAUCAUCCUGAAGAUCUCGCACCGGGCCACUGAGUACGCAGCCGGAGCUCUUCUCUCGAUAUGCUCCGCCUCCGAACAAGCUCAACGAGAGGCGGCGGCGGCGGGCGUGAUGACUCAGUUGCUACUGCUCGUCCAAAGCGAUUGUACAGAACGGGCGAAACGGAAAGCGCAAAUGCUUCUGAAGCUGCUUCGCGAUUGUUGGCCGGAAGACUUCACUGCAAUUUCAGACGAUUACAAUUGCAGCUACGUCGUUCCCUUUUGAUCAUACUGUUAUAUACUCCGUAACAUAUAAAUUCGGGGCGUUUGGUUGGAAAGA